AUGUUCUCCAUCGUGUCGGUGCUGCUCUUCGUGGCUGCGGUCGCGAAAGCUGCCUCUAUCCAAGACCCAACAGUAUUUCAACUCACUCGCAUCAUCAACGGUACAAAUGCGCUGAUCGAAGACUACCCGUACCAAAUAUCCCUCCAAUACGGACCCGAGCACAUGUGCGGAGGCUCGAUCAUCGACAAAUAUUGGAUCCUGACCGCUGGCCACUGCGUCGACGUACCCAGUCCCGAUCAGAUGUACGUUCGAGCCGGUACGAGCUACGUGAAGGAGGGCGGAACUAUUCAUCGCAUGGCCAAGAUCAUCCGUCACCCCGAGUACACAGUCAACGAAUACGGCAACCCCGUGGACGACAUCGCCCUGAUCAAACUCGAGAACCCGAUCGUCUACGACAAAAAACGCAGAGCCAUCAAGCUGUACAAAAAAAACGAGAGGACCAGAGCCGGUGCGAUGGCUUCCAUCACCGGAUGGGGUGUGACCAUGGAAUUCCAGACUCCGUUCCAGCUGCAAUCCGUGAAACUGCCGAUCAUAGACAGCGCGGUGUGCAACGAGGCCUACAGAGAUGCAGGCGGUCUGCCCCACAAGCAGAUCUGCGCCGGUUACUUGGGCGUCGGUGGCAAGGACUCUUGCCAGGGUGACUCCGGCGGCCCGCUCGUCGUUGGGAAGCGUCUGGCCGGCAUCAUCUCCUGGGGCUUGGACUGUGCUCAGCCCGAUUACCCCGGCGCCUACACCGAGGUCGCGGCCUACCGCGACUGGAUCGCCGAGAACAUGAACAGCAACUGA